AAUACCUACAAGAAAAUAUGAAUGGCGCUAAAUAGCUAUACAUGUAUAGUGCAUCGAUUCCUACUUCUCAUUUACUUUCUUCAUUUUGGGCAACUAAAUAUUUUAAAUAUUAACAACACUAAACUUUGUUCAAUGCUGGUAGCACGUCACCAAGUCAAUGUAACGAGAACGAAAAGUGAAAGUUCGUCAAAAAACGUUCCGAUUGGUUAAGACUGGCUGAGGCUACGCGCCGCCAAUAGAACGCUGUCCUUGAACAACGUCUUGGAUAUGUGAGAACAGAACCGAGGCAGUGAUUUGUCAAGUUGACUUGCCGGAAGUUAAAGUAUGCGAAUAUACUUCAAAUGUUGUGACUAAAGUUUUUUAGUUAAGUGUAAAAGUUUUAAAUUUAGUUUAAGUAAAUGAAGUGAGCGUAAGAUGAUUAAAUUAUGUCUCCUGCUUCUUAUAGCAGUCACGAAAGACUGUGUGUCGCAGGACGAGGACGGGCCGUACCGUGGCAAGUUCAUCGGGAAACUCAACUCCUACCACCAUCAGGUGUCCGGUGAAGUCUAUGCUGUUGAUGACUUCACUAUCCUUCUGGUAAAUUUCAACUAUGAUGGCACCGGGGACGACACAUUCUUCUGGGCUGGAGAUUCAGGCAGGCCCGGCCCGCAAGGUUUCAUUGUUCCUAAUGAGUAUGGCAGGACCAACAUCCUGGAGCGUUACUACAAUGCAGAGGUGAGGCUAGCAGUGCCCGAGGGCAAGCGCAUCUCGCGCAUCAAGUGGCUCGCAGUGUACGACAUCGGCAGCCAGAACGCCUUCGGGGACGUGUACGUGCCGGACGACUUCGAGGCCCCGGCCGAGCGCGCCAUCGGCCCGCUCACCGGCACCCCCGCCGUCUCCAGCAAGCCCGUGCGUCUGCUGGACGCCACCACCAUACUGAUCCCGGAGCUGCGGUACGACGGCAGCGGCGAGGAGGUGUACUUCUGGGUCGGAGUGGGCCCGCAGCCCUCCUCUAAAGGCGAGAAGAUACCCGACGAAUACGGAUACCUGGAGCCGCUGCGGCGCUACGCGGGCGAGGACGUGCGGCUGGCGCUGGGCGGCGGCCGCCGCGUGUGGGACGUGUCCUGGCUGGCGCUGUGGGACCGCGGCGCGCCGGGCGGGGGGCGCGCGCUCGCCAGCGUGCUGCUGCCCGACGCGCCCAACGUGCCGCCCGCGCCGCGCCAGCCCGCCGCCUACACCGCGCGCCUGCCGCACUGCCGCCAGCUGCACCGCGACCUGCAGGUGUCCUGGGAGGUCUUCGGCAACCAGAUCACGCUGGAGGUGGCCGCGCGCAUGGACGAGGACGAGUACGCCGCCUUCGGCAUCUCCGGCAGCGACUCCGGCUCGCGCAUGCUGGGCGCCGACAUAGCCGUGCUGCAGUACGACGCGGCGCAGCAGCGCGGGCUGGCCGCGGACUACAACGUGACGGCGGCGGCGCCCUGCGUGCAGGUGCUGGGCGCGUGGCGCGGGGUGUGCGCCGACGCCGUGCUGGGCGGCCUGGACUCCAACCAGGUGUUCAGCGCGCGCCGCGAGGACGGGCUCACCAUCAUCUCGUACCGGCGCACGCUGGCCGCGGCCGAGCCCAUGGACCGCGACUGGGCGCUGGACCGGCCCGUGUACGUGGUGUGGGCGCUGGGCCGCCUGGACGCCGCCAAGGAGCCCGCCUUCCACCGCCUGUACCCGCGCCACGACGUGUCCCUGCGGCUCUCGCAGGACCCGCCCGACAAUGACUGCGUGCCCUUCACUGUGGGGUCCCGGUCGGCGCCGCCGCCGUGGGAGGUGGCGGAGCUGUUCGACCCGGCGCUGCGCGUGUUCACGUUCCGGCUGGGGCCCGCGGGCGGCGCGCGGGGCCUGGCCGGCCGGCCCCUGCGACACUCGCCGCCGCUCGCCUGGUACGUCAACGGCCAGCUGGCGCCCGACCUGCAGCUGCGCCGCGGCCUGCAAUAUGUCUUCAAAGUGUACGGCGGUAACGACCCGCACUCGGCCACGGAGUACCACCCGCUCAUAGUGACGGCCGAGCCGCUGGGCGGGCUCGAGCGACUCAGCGAGCCCGCGCAGCGCCAGGCGCGGGUACUGGCCGGCGUGCACUACACGCGCCGCGGCCGCCUCGCGCCCACCGCAGCCGGGCCGCUGUGCGUGGCGCGGCACGCGGCGGGCGCGGACCGGCGCCGCGACGACGACUACGCCACGUUCCGCGCCUUCAACCGCUCGCUGACGUGGCAGUGCGCGGCCGAGGCGCCCGCCGAGCUGCUGGUGGCGCCCAACUCCACGUGGCCCGACCGCGUCUACUACCAGUCCUUCACGCACGCCGGCAUGGGCGGCCGCAUCUACGUCGUCGACAAGCACCGCCGCAACAUCGGCCGCACCGGCGCCGCCACCAACCCCGCGCCCGCUGCCCGCCUGCUGGCGCUGCUCGCGCUGCUGGCGCUGCUGCGCUAGCGCGGGAUCCGCAUCGUGUAUUAUUUAUGAAUAUUAAUAUCUUUGUAAAUAGCCGACUUACAGGAAAAUAAAAGUCUUUGAAUUGUC